CUGACAAACGCCUCUUCCAAAAUGUUAAAGACUUUGAACAAGCCCAUCCAGCGUCUCUUUUCACAGCGAUAUGGAGUUUGACGUUCCCAUACAACUUUUGAGGACAAUGCUUACAAACACUGUUUAUCUUUGGCUGUGUAUUUCAAUCUCUAACGGUGUGUUUGGUGUUGAUGGGUAUGAAGUGAUGUCAGUGUCAGUGAUGGAGGGAAUGUCUGUUACUCUGCACCCUAAAAUUAGUGACAUACAGAUAUAUGAUCAGAUAAUGUGGAGGUUUGUAUCUCAAAAUAAAUCAGAAACUCUUAAUAUAGCUGAAAUCGUUGAAAAAAAGUGCUGGAUAUAUGAUACUGAUGAGAUAUUCAGAAAUUACCUACAUCUGGACUGUCAGACUGGAUCUCUCACCAUCAAAAACCCUAGGAGCAAUCACUCUGGAGUUUAUAAAGUAGAGAUCAACAGCAAAAAUUCAACAGCAUCUUUAAACAAGACAUUCAAUGUUACUAUCAAAGACAGCCAGCCAUUAAAGACUUGUCUUAUAGUUGCUGCUUCUAUUUCUGCUGUGGUCUUGGCUGCUGCGCUCUUGGUUGGGGGUGUGAUAUGUGGGUGGUCGAGAUGCCAUAGAUGUCAAGCUGCUGCUGAGGAGACAAAUGGCGAUGAUGCUGUAUUUAUUAACAAUUGAAAAAAGGUGGCAGCUAUGGGACCUUAACCAACAUGAAGAAUCACGUUUAAAUGAUCAUCCGUCUAUAUGUUCAUCACAACAUUUUAUGCUUUUAUACUACACAACCAAAAAAAGUACAAAAGUACAGUCAUUAAUAUGAUUUUUUUAACACCAUCUCAUUGUAAUCGUAUUUACUGAAGACAAGUCGACUGAACCCAUGUGCAGUUUAUUAAUCCAAACAUAUCUAUAAACUAGCAUAACAUAAACAAUGAAAGACUCACCAACAGCAAAUCCUACACAUUAUUAAAGGGACAGUAAGUAGGGUUUUAAGUGUUUUAUUAAUCAAAAUCAAUGUCUUUAUUCAUAAAUAUGUCCUCAUUGGUGUCAAAUGACCACUGCCAGUGAUCUGACUUUUCUUUGUAAGCUUAGAUUUUCUUCUCUUUACUUACAUUGAACGAGUAAGUCCAAGGAGGCUUCUAUGUCGUUCCGCCGUAUUGAUAAACUAUAAUAGCAGAGAGGGACAAAAAGCACUAGCCGAACAACGUGUUUCCACAACGCGUUUUCAAUCAGAACACGUGAACCUGCAACGGACAAGGAGAUCAGUGAUUACGUAACGGCUACCGUAGUUGCAACAGCAAUUGGAAAAGCGAGGCGCUAAAGAGCACUAUUCGUUUCAAUGCAAAAUACAAUUUCACCACUAGAUGGGGGUAAAUCCUACUUGCUGUCCCUUUAAAGCUAGUCAAAAGACUGGGAACAUGAGGGCUAUAAACAUAGCAGUACAACUGCUGGGUACAUUGUAAGGUCUAAUACAAAAUUGAAUGUAAAUAUGGAAAUAAUUGCUGUGGCAAUGCAAGUUUUCAGCAGACAGUUUAAACCAAAAUGACUUAAACCAAAAUUCAUUCUGUGCGUUUUUUUCAGUAUGUAUCCUAUGGGGAUCAAAUCCAUGACCUUUGUGGUGCUAACAAAAUUCUCUACCAACUGAGCAACGGGAACACUGAAGACCUGUACAGUAGCUGUAAUGUUAAAGUGCUUAGUGUGCGUCUUCUUUUAAACUUAUAAUCAUAUCAUUUUUCAUAAUGUGCCGACUACAGUGUUUUAUAUUGUUUUGUAUUACAGAAUUUGUAUUGUAUUCUCUUGUUCUCUCAUAUGACACAUAUGGGCUCAUGUCUCAGUUUAUCUUUAUUGCAGUCAGUCUGUCCUGUCUGAAAGAAGAUGCACUACUAUAAUUUCCUUUCAGUUUAAUCUGCUUUUUUAUGUCACAAGACUUUUUUAAGAUGUUAAAUAAAUAUUUGGUGUCCCCAGAGUACAUAUGUGAAGUUUUAGGCACAAAAUGCCAUAAAGAAAAUUUUUUAUAACAUGUUGAAAUUGCCACUUUGUAGGUGUGUGCAAAAAUGUGAAGUUUUGGGUGUGUCCUUUAAAAUGCAAAUGAGCUGAUGAAAUGCAAACACUGAUCUCCAUUGAUGGUAGUUUGUUAAAAUUGAAACUCAAUUCUGCUAUCAAUUAUUUUUUUCUCUCUAUCUCUCUGCACUAAAUGGCAGUGAUGUGGUUGAAUAGUGCAGAUUAAGGGGCGGUAUUAUCCUCUUCUGACAUCACAAGGGGAGCCAGAUUUCAAUGACCUAAUUUUUCACAUGCUUGCAAAGAAUGGUUUACCAAAACUAAGUUACUUGGUUGUUCUUUUACACAUUUUCUAUGUUAAAAGAAACACUGGGGACUUAAUUAUAGCACUUAAACAUAAAAAAACAGAUUUUCAUGAUAUGUCCCCUUUAAUUUAAGUUGAAAAUAUUAAGUUUUCAUUUGAACGUAUUUUAAAAUAAGCUGAAAUAAUAUGAUCUAUUUGUUAUGUAGAUUUUACUUGUUAUUUUUUAAUAUUUUCUCUCAGGUUGUCCAAUCUGCUGCUAUAUUUCCCUUUAUGAUCUGAUCUGGUUAAAUGUCUCUGUCCCAAUAUAUAAAGUAUUAUUGGUCUCUCUAGUUUAGUUAUUCAUUUUAUUGACAUGUGUUUUUAUAUUUGAAUCUUUUUAAAUAUAUUUUUGUUAUUUAAUUCACUUGUUUUUAUUAUUGUACUUUUAUUUCUUUUACUACAUUAGAGCCUUAUAUUAUUACAUUAUAAUGAUUAUAACAUUGAUUUUGAUUGUCACCCAGUAAUCACUAUAAAACUUUUAUUUUUUCCCUAUAUCAUCUUUUGGAAGUCAU